GUUUGGAGAGUCGCUGCUGCUGAUUCUGGAAAUACUCAGGAGAGAAAUACCUAGAAGUGAACUGGCUAAGGAGUGACCGGGAUAGAAGCAGUUCAAGUCAAAUUUUUUUCAGAAAAAAAAGACUUUACACCGACAUGGGAAAAGAAUCAUCUGUGUCCUUGUAAGAUGUUUCCUCACCAUAGAGAAAGGGAGCAGCCGAUCUUCAGUGCCAGGGCUCAUGUUUUCCAAAUUGACCCAGCCACUAAGAGGAACUGGAUACCAGCCAGCAAACAUGCCGUCACCGUGUCUUUCUUCUAUGACGCCAAUCGGAAUGUCUACCGCAUCAUCAGCGUGGGUGGGACCAAGGCUAUUAUCAACUGCACAGUCACACCCAGCAUGACUUUCACCAAGACGUCGCAGAAGUUUGGUCAGUGGGCAGACAGCCGGGCCAACACUGUGUAUGGUCUGGGCUUUGCUACAGAACAACAGCUUCAUCAGUUCUCAGAGAAGUUUAAGGAGGUGAAGGAUGCAGCUCGCCUCGCCCGUGAAAAGUCACAGGAUAAAGACCUGGCAAACACAGCGCUGACCAUCGCUGCUCCUCAGUUCUCACAGGACCUCUCUGAUGAACUCCAGUCUCCACCUGUGAUGUGUGUGAAUGGACCAGAGGACAAGCUGUUCCGCAGCCAGAGCGCUGACAUCACACUCUCAUCUGAGAAGGAGAGAAUCAAAAAAAUGCUCUCUGAAGGGUCCAUAUGUGAGAUGAACCUGGAAGCCGAGCUCUUCACUCUGCAGGACAGCAAUGCAAAGCUGGUGGCAGCGCUGCACGAAGCUAACAACAACGUGGAGCAGUGGAAGAAACAGCUAGUAGCCUAUCAGGAGGAGACGGAGCGGCUGCGGGAGCAGGUAGCCGAACUGGAGGCCCAUGGAGGCCACGGCCCCAGUGACCUGCUAAAGGAUGAGUUGACUCAGUCUCUGGAGGAGCUGGAGGCUCUGCUGAAGGCCAAAGACGAGGAGAUCCACAUUUUGCAAAGUAAGAAGGUGGAGUACCACGAGAUGGAACGUGACAGAGAUGAGGCCAUACGUAGAUUACGGGAAAUGGAGAUGCGAAACUCUGAAUUGGAGCGUCGCAUCCAGAACGCGGAGCAGAACCUAAAUAGCUCACUGGAGGAACGGGAUCGUGUGGAUGCUGAGAUUCAGAGGAUCAUUGAAAUUCUGGACAUCAAGAUUUUUGACCUCAAUGACCUCCGCCAAAGCCUGGUCAAACUCAUUGACAAAUAAAAAAAAGACAACUCAUCAGAGAGCUACGGUGAGGAGGACACGUUGACACUUUCUGUGGACUAAGGAGCAGCUGUUAAAAAAAAAACAAAAAACAAACAAACAGACAAACCUUUUGUCUUCAAGCACAAGAACCACCUGGGCUGCAGGGGUAGGCUCCAUGUCUGCAGAUCUGCAGGUGUUGGCCUUAGCAUGAGCAGCAGUAUUUUUACAGUAACGCUUGUAUAAUCUAACAUAGGGCUUUAUGUUGUUUUGAGGUCACAUUCAGUGCAAUAAUACUUUAAGGUAAGUGCUUAAACAGUGCCAGAUAUUUAAUAUUAGGUAGUGGUGCCUGUAGUUGUUCAAUAUUUUUAUGAAACAGAAAGCAACGAUGCAGUGUCAAUAUAAACAAUAAGAGGCCUUGUUUGUGUUGACAGAAGAAAAGUGAAACAUCUUAAAUAAUUCUUACUGUCUAUAAGAAAGGAAAUACUGCACACUUGUAUUGCACACAACACUUAAAGGAAAGUCCAGCCAAAGAAAAUUAUAUAAACUUAACUUCUUGCAAAUUUUGAUUUGAUAUUUAAAGAUUUGGGUUAAAUAUUUAGUGUGUAGUUAUACACGACCGUGUAUAAUAAUGUAUAAUGUACAAUAUUUAAUACCAUUAGCCCCAACGUCUGGAUAACUUUUAUUUUUAAAUAGAAGUCGUGACUUUUGAGCCAUUUAUCCAUGAAACAACUUGGUAUAAAAUGCAACCAUUCAACGCUCACUGCAUUGCAAUAACUAAUCUAGAUAGAAAUAUUUGAGCAGCCACAAAGCUAAGCUCAGUUGCUCAUUUAGCACAGUGCUAAAUUAGCUGUAUUAUAUAAAUACUGGAGAUGCUGGAGUGAUCAUCUGUAACAACACAGCAUUAACAUUUACAUAAAAAAUACUAUUUAUUUUAUACUUCAAAGUAACAAUCCUACAACUGAACCAUUGUGAGAUUCUGCACUUUCUCUUCAUAUUGUUAAACCUCUGUGCUGUCAGUCGGUCUCCUUACAGAUUACCAUACCUGCCAGAAUAGCAUACAUUACUGUGCAUGUGCAUAGAAGAAAAAGACUGGUUUACGCACGGAGCUUUGUGUUUACCAAUUUUUCUCACUGCUUGCAACGCUUACGUUAGGCCGUCUUUGGAUCUUCACACAGGUGAGUGGAACACCAUUUAGCAGGAAAUCGUUAGCACGCUUCGUACGAAAACUACAAUAAACAGUGUCUUUUCGUAGCCUAGCACAUAGACUGCAACUCAUGAUGAAGAGGAGAGAAAACAAAUUCAGUAGAAAUUCGGUGAAAGAUGAUUUUAAUUUGACUGAAACACUUACAUUCAUUGUGGAUAACUAGUUUCUGUAACUAGGUUACCUUGUCCUUUUUUAUGUGUGCUUUAUAGAAGACACAAAAGUGUUACAGAUGUGGAUGUUGACACCAAAGAUGAAGUGAUAAAUGGAGGUUCAUUGAUGACUGUUCACGUUCCUGCUGCUAUUUUUUGGUCACUUAACAAGUUAUAAAUUAAGAGUAUCCUUUAACUGUCAAGUGCUCUGCAGUUAGUUUUAAGUACAUAUUUGGAAAACGUGCAUUUGAAUGAUAGUAAAUAAGAUUUUCUGUGAAAUAUAAUUCUCUAUUGAUGAAGUGAAUACAGAGUAAGGUAAGAAAUAAAAUGAUUACUUUUACAACUAAGUUUCCUGUGCUCAGUCUACAUACUUGUUCUAUACAUUAUUUCUCAGCACAUUCUUAGUAAUUGAUGAAUAUGUAUAUAUAUGUAUAUUAUGUUUCUUAUUCAUAUAUUUAGACUUACUAUAUCUUGGAACCAAUAAGCCUGAGAUUAUGGACCUGUGGUACUGAUGAUAAUGGCUGCUCAAUUUAUCUUCUGCUAAAGUACAUAGUCGAAUCUGGUACAUGGUGAAACUGAAAAGGAUACUAACUUUUAACUACUUUUUUUCAAAGGUAGAAGGAAUCUCCAGAAUCUCCAAAACCUAUCCUCAGUGACUGAAGUCUGAGGAAUUAAAAAAACAGACAAUAUUGUUACCCUGUGUUCAAGAAGCUAAAUGAUGUGAAGUUUCCUCUUGUGUGUGGUUGACUUGUUGCAUUUAAAAUGUUGGCAUUUCAAAUGAACAUGUUAGUCCCUUUGUCUUCUGUUCAUGUCCAAUGAUGGCACUGAAUGUCCAUUUUUGUCGUCCCCUUAGUUCGUAUAUUUCCAUCUGUCUUAGUUUGUUACUGGAGAACUUGUGUUUCCCUCUUAUUUAGUCAGAUCUGAUUUGCCAUCUUCAUCAACCUGGUCUCCUGCUCCAAGGGCUUAUUCCUCCUCCAGGAACAACACCUCUUCAAUAUAUAGAACUUUUUGAAGAUGGAAGUUUAUUGCCGGCACGUGCCCUACGGUCUGACCAUACGUAUUUUCAUCUCUGGUUCUCUUCACUGCGGCAGUUAAUGCGUCAUGUUAAGGUUUAGAAUCAGGCCAAAGUAAUGGAGAUGUACCAGCCGUGUGCAGUGGUCCUUCAGUGUGGAGCUAAUUCAACGUCACUAUUAAAGGAAUGAAAAGAAAUGGAUUGAAGCAUUUCACAGGUAUUGACUAAAGAGUGAGUGACACAUCAACUGGACAAAUCCACUACAGACAAGAUUGUCUACAGCCAGAACAAGUAGUAGUGUCAUUGUAUCUACUUUAUUUGUCUUUGCAGAAGUGAAAAAGGAGGAAGAGAAGGACUUUGGGGAGAGGACUUUGAAGUUUGUGCUAGAUGGAGAGUUAUUUUGACUUUGUCCAAAUAAAGUAUUUGUAUUU